AGAGAGAGAGAGAGAGAGACUCCAGUCGGCUCUCUUGGGAAGAAGCAUCCAAUAAUCCACCGGCUGCCAUCUGAUCUGAUCUAAUUCAUUUGUUCAUUUGGGAUUAUUGAUCUAUAAGGAUACUUUUUUUCUCUCUCUAGGAAACUUUCUGCAGAGGACUCAACUUGUUAUUUCCUGGAUGAUAAUAAAAUGGUCAUAAUAACGCAGCUGACAUCUCGGUGCGCUCAUUCAUCAUAAGCGGUGACAACAAGAAGUCGUCUUACAUUGUGGCUCGGUGUCCUUUCAGAGAGAGAAAGAGAGAGAAACAGGACGGAGACUGUGGGAGGAAUACAAAUUAUUCUGCUGAAAGAAAAACCCUCCGACAAAGAAGAAGAAUGAGACAAGCUGCCGGUGUGGAGCCUUAAAAAGCAGAGGAAGAGUUUCUUAGUGUCCAGUUUCCGAAGAGAGAGGAGGAGGAUUCAGAGAAAUAAAAGUGUUUUGUGUGAUUUGCGACUAAAAAACAGGAGGGAUGACAGUCAAACUGGACUUUGAGGAGUGUUUGAAGGACUCUCCACGCUUCAGAGCUGAAAUCGAAUUGGUCCAAAUCGAUGUGAGUGGACUCGAGACGCGAUUAGAAAAGCUUGUGAAACAAUGCCAGGCCAUGCUGGAGGCCGGCAGAGUCUACUGCCAGACCAGCAAGAGCUUCGUCAACGGCCUCAAGGAUCUGGGACUCCACUGCUCUGGGGACACAACGAUGGAGGAGUGUUUGGACAAAUUUUCCAAAAAGCUGUCUAUCAUCUUGGAGGCUCAGGGGGAAGUGAUUGAGACCACACAGAAGACAGUUAAGACGAAGCUGCAGAACUUUGUCAAAGAGGAUGUGCGUCGGUUCAAGGACGUGCGCAAGGAGUUUGAGCGCGGCAGCGAAUGCCUGGAGGGGGCACUGGUGAGGAACGCUCAGGCGCCACGAGGGAAACAACACGAAGUGGAGGAGGCCAGCAACGCUCUACUCAACGCACGCAGGACCUUUCGGGCUGAGGCGCUGGAUUACGUCCUGGAGAUCAACGUCAUUGAGGCCAAGAAGAAGACAGACAUUCUGAUGGCAAUGUUGUCAAUGAUGGAUGCCCAGGCUCAGCUCUUCCAACACGGCCACCAGUCUCUUUCAGAACUGGACGAGUACCGACGAAAACUCAAUGACGAGCACACGCAGUUUGUCCUAAACUCGGCCCGGGAGAAGAGGGACAUGGAGCAAAGACACGCUGCAAUCAAGAAAAAGGACGUGUCCUAUGAUGACUCCAUCAUGGACUUCAACGCUGACGCAGCUAAUGGGAUCGCCAUGGAAGGAUACCUCUACAAGAGAGCCAGCAACGCCUUCAAGACCUGGAGCAGGCGCUGGUUUUCAAUUGAAAAAAAUCAGCUGGUGUAUCGGAAGAAAUUCAAGGACCAGCCUACAGUUGUGGUGGAGGACUUGCGUCUUUGCACAGUGAAGCCCAGCGCUGAAAACGAAAGACGGUUCUGCUUUGAAGUGGUGUCCCCGUCAAAGUGUUGUUCGUUGCAGGCCGACUCGGAAAGGCAGCAGCAGGCGUGGAUCAGCGCCGUCCAAAACAGCAUCGCCUCAGCCUUUCAGGAGCACAGAGAGGACCCACACAGCCCAAGACAGCGCUGCAGCUCGGUGUCGACCGGUUUGGUAGGAGGAGGGGGAGGAGGAGGAGGGGAUCAGGAGAACAAGGGCAACAAGGGCUGCAAGGCCCUGGAGGAGGUCCAGGCGAUCACGGGCAACAAGCAGUGCUGUGACUGCGGGGAGCCCGGUCCUGAUUGGGCCUCCAUCAACCUGGGCAUCACGCUUUGUAUCAUCUGCUCAGGAAUACACAGGAGCCUGGGAGUCCAUUUCUCCAAAGUACGCUCCCUCACUCUCGACUCCUGGGAGCCAGAGCUCAUUAAGUUGAUGUGUGAAUUAGGAAACACAGUAAUCAACAGGAUCUACGAGGCCCGGAUUGAUGAGAUCACCAUCAAGAAGCCCCACCCUUCCAGUCCUAGAGGAGAUAAGGAGACGUGGAUCCGAUCAAAGUACGUUGAAAAGAAGUUCAUCCAAAAGCUGCCCGAGACCGGCAGGAACCCCCUGCUGAGGCGAUCCAGCGGCAGGAGAAACCGAGCGGCCACGCAGGACCGGACCGCGCAGCGCCCGCCGCUCAAACCCAAACCGAACCGAGCCACUCUGGCUCGGGGCACAGGGCUGAGCCUCAGCGACCUUGUCGAAAAAAACAAUACACACAAAGAAGUGGAAGAAGAAGAAGAAGAGGAUCUGAGCGGACUUCACCCCGGGGCGCUGCUGUACCGCUCGGCAGCCCUGCAGAACUUCCCGGUCAUGGCCGACGCUUUGGCCCACGGAGCCGACGUCAGCUGGGUCAACGGGGCCGAGGAGUCCAGCACGCCGCUGAUACAGGCCGUCUCAGCGAAUGCCCUGGCAGCCUGCGAGUUCCUGCUGCAGAACGGUGCCAACGUCAACCAGGCAGACUGCAACGGUAGAGGACCGCUUCACCACGCCACCGUCCUGGGUCACACCGGGUUGGUUUGUCUCUUCCUGAAGCGAGGAGCAGACUACAACGCCAAAGACAAGAACCAGAAAGACCCCAUAACUAUUGCCGUGGACGCCGCCAACGCUGACAUCGUCACUUUGCUGCGGAUCGCCAAAAUGAACAAGGAGAUGCGGGAGAUGGACGGAGCGUUUGGCCAAUCAGGUGAUGAAACCUACCAUGACAUCUUCAGAGACUUUUCACACAUGGCUUCAAACAACCCAGAGAAGCUCAAACGCCGCAGUGCAGACCCCAAACCCUAACAAGCUGUUGCGUCCUCUGCACCUUUGCUGUACAAUGCCACAUUUCACACUUUUUCAAACACGUAUGCAGAAAAACAUGCUAGUAUCCGACUCACAGGCAUGCAGACACACACAGAUUUUCCUUGGCUACCUGCCAUUUGUUCAGUCAUAGCUCAGCUGGUGUUGACUUCAGAGGGGAUGAACGCUCCAAACAGUGAAUUCUUUGUGCGGACACGUCAGACCAGAACAAUUACGUCCGAGUGGGAACAUUGGAGCAGCUUUAUGAGACCAGCAUGAUGUGUCUUUAUGUGUAGCAGAGGGUUACAACAUCACUCUGCCAAGAUUUCUUAAUUAAAUCUUUUUUUUUUUUUUUUUUAAAGGGGACAUAUCAUGAAAAACUCACUUUUUCUUUUGUGUAUCUAGAGUGCCUACCGACCCACAAACUGUGAAAUAAGACAACCAGGUCAGUUUUUUGUGGGCUGCCUAGAUCAGAAAACAUGUGAUUCAACAUUCAGAUUUGGCUCCCCUUCCUAUGUCACAUGCAGGCUCAUUACAAUAUACCACCCCCAAUGUAGUAUCUCCACUAGAGCGAUGAUCGGACCCAAAAAUCAGGCCCGGCCCUACAUGAACACGCAUAGUUUCGGCCCAAGCCCGAACCAUGGCAGCUGUUUUAAAAACCCAAAUUUCCACUAUAUCACAAGCUAAAAUCAACAGAAGUCUUUUCAGUACGUUAACAAACACUUGUAACACGAUCUCCGACAUACGCCAUCUCCUACCGAAUGUUCAGCACAGCCCAAAAACUGUAAUAUCUCAAACUAUUAGGUCUGCAUUUAAAGGUGCUAAAUACGGGAUUGGGAGCAUUUCUAUUGCCUCUCAACAGCUCUCAACUUGGCGACGGCGAGCUGGGCGGCUUGCAGUUAACGGGGCUAACAGCGCUAACACGGCAAACAACAGCGAAAGUGCUGACAGAGACAACAGUGUUUACCUGAGAGGGAAUCGGAGGGUGGGCGAUGACACUGUCGGUCGGGACGGUGUUAUCAUGUAAUGUAAUUAAAAGCACGCGUGGCCGGCCUUAUAUCUUUACAUAGCAAAUAAUUGUUCACUGCUAUAUUAAUGCUCUGAAUAUAGAAUUUAAUCACCUUUUAAGAAAAAAAAACACCCGUGAAAUUAGCGCAAACCGAACCCAUAUUUUUCUCACAAGCCAAUCAGAGCAGACUGGGCUUUAUUGGGAGGGGGGCUUAAAGAGACGGGCGCUAAAGCGGUGAAUACAGGUAUAUUCAGACAGACAGUAUGAGAAAAAUAAUGUGUUUUUUGAACAUUAAAGCAUGUAAACAGUAGAACAUGAACCUGAAAAUGAGCAUGAUAUGUCCCCUUUAACUAAAAGCGCAGUGUUUUUAUGUUCCUCUGCCAUUUCUAUUGAAUUGUUACAUUAAAAAGCAAAAGUUUGUUUGAAAAGGACCCAAUUGUUGUAAAGAGCCAACCGUCUUCCAUCGAAUUGUAAUGUAUACAUUAUGUCUGUUUUGUUACACUGUGUGAGGUACUCGAGAUUUGAAUCAUGAUCAAAUAAACUGCAAUACAAAACUUA